CCCAGUCACUUGUCCUAUCUCCCUUCCACUUUGUACACACCCCCAGCAGGUGCUUUCACUUGAGGUUUAGUUUGCUGUUGUGCUUUAGGCUCUGUCUUUCAGGUUAAGUAAAAUUGUGCCAAUAAAGCCGAUCAGGGGGAUCCCAGGCCUCAGCCUGGAGCUCAGAAUCAAUCAUCCAGGGAGAGCAGACUGUGAAGUGCCUACUCGCAGCUUCACCUUCGUUCUUAGAGAAAGAACCACAUCUACAACCUGCCAGGGAAGCUUUCUCCCAUCAGAGCAUCUUUGCUGAGAUGUCGAAUCCAGUGAGUGGUUUAUCAGAGAACACUGACUUUGUGUCCCGGAUUGGAAUGACAGAGGAUUCGUUCGUCCUCCUGGAGCGAAACAGAUGCUCUGAAGACCCGUGGGACACUGUUGACAUCAAACCCAACAUAGAAGCCCUGGAGCGUGGUGUGCCAGGCCUCUACCUCUCCUGCUAUGACAUGCUUCUCACUGAAGAAGCAACCUGGGUGGUGAAAGUUUCAGAAGGGUCCCCCGCGCUAGCUGUACCUAUGAAUCGCAUGGAGAGUCGAGAGGAGCCAGAGCAGUGCCCUGUCAUUGAUAGCCAGGAGAAUGGACUCUCCCCUGGGCUGGAGGGGCAGAUGGAGGAUCGAUCUCUGGAGCAGGUGCAGAGCAUGGUUGUAGGAGAGGUGCUGAAGGACAUUGAAACAGCUUGCAAACUGCUCAACAUCACUGCAGACCCUACAGAGUGGAACACAGGGAAUGUCCAAAAGUGGAUGCUGUGGACUGAACACCUGUACAGGUUGCCCCAUGCAGGAAAAGCCUUCCAGGAGCUGACAGGGAAGGAUCUGUGUGCCAUGAGCGAAGAGGAGUUUCGGCAGCGCUCCCCAUUGUGCGGGGACACACUGUACGCUCACCUGGAUAUAUGGAAGUCAGCUGCUUGGAUGAAGGAGAGGUGUUCAGCUGUAGAUACCAAAACUACAGGCAUCGAGGAGCUGUGGUCCGAGGCAGACUCUUCGUGUUCAGGUCAACCGAUUCAUCUAUGGCAGUUCCUCCGAGAGCUCCUGCUCAAACCUCACAACUAUGGCCGCUGCAUUCGCUGGCUCAAUAAAGAAAAAGGUAUUUUUAAAAUUGAAGACUCGGCUCAUGUGGCGAGGCUGUGGGGACUCAGAAAGAAUCGACCUGCUAUGAACUAUGACAAGCUGAGCCGCUCCAUUCGACAGUACUACAAAAAGGGCAUCAUCCGCAAACCCGACGUGUCUCAAAGACUGGUGUACCAGUUUGUCCACCCAGUAUGAGGCUUCAGGAGACUGCAAGAAGGAGGAGUGGGCUUGUGACCUAAAAACUGGACUCUAUCUAACAAUGCACUUGAACAAUUAUGAAAGUGACACAUGCACUGAUAAACUUUCACUGCUGUGUGAAGGCCUUCCUCUGCUGGGGCAAUGAGGAUGUGUGUCUUUUGCUGUUUUUUUUUAUUCCUACUGCAGAAUCAAGCAAACACAGAUUAUGAUAAACUGCCUUGUUGAUGUUUGCAUGGUCUGCCUAUUGACGUUCCAUGAUUAAAUUCACCUUCAAAGGGUCACACCUAAAAGCUUUAACAAACAAGCUUCAGGCAGCCGUUCCUAUCCUACGCCUAGCCUUGUUAUGACUUUUUGUUUCAGUCAUCUUCACUGCCACCAUGUAAUGUGUUGCUGAACCUUAUAAGCCACAGCAGGCACUUAUCUAGGAAGUAUAGAGAAGGAUAAUUUAGGAGUUUUGAUGAAUUUGGAUUCAGGAGUCAGAUCCUUAAACAUCUCUGUGGCCAAGCUGAUAAGGACACUUUUGUUUUUUUCUUCCUACAUGGUGUACCAAGAGCGAAAUUGUCUCUUUUACCACUGCUUUGGAAAUAUAGUUGUAUAUAAUGCAUUUUAAGUUGCUAAUGUUUGAGGCCCAAACUGCAAAAAAACCCUCUACAAUCAAUUCACUGUCUCAUUGCCAGAAUGAAAACACACUAAAUAAAACCUUUGGACAUGUUAAAUGAAUGCCAGAGAGCUUUCAGUGUGUCGUAACCAUGACGCCAAACGCAGUGCCUUGCAAAAGCUUCCCCUUUGAAAUUUUUCACAUUUCGCCACUUUAUAGCUACAAACUUUAGUGUAUUUUGUAAUGAUUAUUACGUAUCACAGCAAAACACAAGGUAAUGCAUGAAUGUGAAGUAAAAGGAAACAUUUUCAAAAAUGUUAAAUAGAAUUCUGAAAAGUGCAGUGUGAAUUUGUAUACAGCACUGCAGAGUCAGUAUUUUGACAAACCACCUUUGUCUGCAGUUACAGUAUGGUAAAUUGGUAGAGACAUGCCUUUUGUUGCAUGCCUCCACCAGCUUUUUGCCUGUCUUCUUUCCAAAUCGGCUCAAGUUCAGUCAGAUUGGAUGGAGAGCGUCUAUGAACGACAUUUUUUGUCUUGCCAAAUUGUCAGUUAGGUGUGGACUUUGACUGGAGACAUUCUAUCAGAUGAAUAUGCCUAAAUCUAAACUGUUUUCUUGUAGCUCUGGUUGUAUGAUUAGGCUCGAGGUCCAGCUGGAACCAAGACCCAAGGAAACUGAGGGUUUUGUAGUCUGUAACAAACUUCUUCCAAGAUUCUCCUGUGUUUUUGCUCCAUCCGUCUUCCUGUCUUUAGCAAGGACAUGUCCUUGCUAAAGACAAGCAUCCACACAGCCUGAUGCUUCCACUAACAUGUAAAGGUGGUGUUUUCAGAGGGAUGUCCAUAAACAACAUAUAGCAUUUCCAUGUAGGUUAAAUGAUUACAUUUUGGUCUCAUCUAACCAGAGCACCCUCAUCCAUGUGGUUGCUAUGUCUUUGUUGCAGUUAUAUAAACAUUCCAUUGUUGGAUGAUGAGUGGACGAGUACUCUGUGAGAUGUUCAAGGCUUAGGAUAUUGUUUUAUAAGCUACCACUGUGUUAAACUUCUCCACAACAUUA